CAAAAUUACUAUGAUGUAAGCUUAUCAGGUCAGUUAGAAGGUCAUUCUCAGUCAAGCCCAUCCAAACCAAAACAAAAAGCCCCUGAGUUUUUCGUUGAACGAGACAGCUAGCAAGUAUUCUAAGUACAAGGCCAUAAUACACCUAACAGUAAGAGAGUAUCCAGUGACAUGGCUCACAGCAGAGCAGUGUUGCUUGAGAAUAGUGCUUCGGUCGUCUACGAUCACAUCUUCAAGAUCAUUCUCAUUGGAGACAAUGGAGUGGGCAAGUCAAGCUUUGUCAGACGAUUUUGUGAGAAUAAUUUCGUGGCUGAAAUGGAGACUACGAUAGGGGUUGACUUUUAUCUGAGUGAGAUCAACUUAGAUGGAAAGAAGAUUAAGGUGAAGAUUUGGGAUACAGCUGGCUCAGAGAAGUACAUGUCGAUAUCUGCGGUCUACUAUAGGAAGGCUGACGGAGUUAUUUUCUUGUUUGAUGUCACAAAGCCUCGAUCUUUCACCGAUGUGGAGACGAUAUGGAUGAAUGCAGUGGACGCACCAGACAGUGGUUGCCCUGAGGCAGUGAAGCUGUUAGUGGGUAAUAAGUGUGACCUACCGGCAGAGGUGGAUCUGUCACAUGCAGCCAGAUACGCUGAGCUGCAUGAUAUGGACUUCAUUGAGAGCAGUGCCAAGAGCAACAUGAACGUUAAAGAAGCAUUCCUCAAACUAGCUAAGGAUAUCUGUGAACUGAAGGCCCAACAAGCUCCACCCACUUUCCCCAUGUACGAUACCAACCAGAGCCUAUCUCUCACUAGAGACACUCAGCCCAUAUCUAAAGAAGUGCCAGGCUGUCGUUGCUAACUAGUCAUAAUUAUGUGUGUGCUGUUUUUGUACAGAUGUACGAAUCAUGUCAUUUCUGCACUAAUGUAUUUGUUGCAUA